GAAGUGACAAUUUGGAAAGAUCAUCCGAUCAAGAAAUUCUACGAAAAAAGACACGUUGUGUGCCGGUAAACACUGUUAUUUAACUGAAUGAAAAGUAUGAUUGACAACUGCCAUAUUCAUGUCAGACCAACAAACAAUUAGAAUUGAGAUAGAAAGGCUUAUUGACGCCAGUUUAAGUGAAAUGGACAAAAAAGGGGACAGAAAAUCUCCCUCUGAAAACACAACCCUCAAACAAAGACAUUCUCAUUCCACUAACGGUGAUGUUAAAGAUAAGUCCAAUCUACUAGACAUUAUGCAUCAAGAAAGACAAGAUCGCGAAAAAAUCGUCUUGUGGAGAAAACCGUUAAAGACUAUACACUUCUCCUGUCUGGAGACAGCCUCUCUACUGAAUCAGGCUGGAAAAAAGUUAUGGAGACGGAAGAUCGCUGUGGUGACGUCUAUGUUGAUGCUGUUUACUUUUUAUCUCGUCUACAUUACUCAGGGAACACACCAGCCAUAUGUUGCAAAAAUAGAGAAAUAUGUAUUAUGGUGUGCAUAUUGGUUAGGUCUUGGUGUAUUAUCAUCUGUAGGUCUGGGGACAGGAUUACAUACAUUUCUAUUAUAUCUGGGACCACAUAUUGCAGCAGUCACACUAGCAGCUUAUGAAUGUAAAUCUACAAACUUUCCAGAACCACCCUAUCCCACAGAAAUUGUUUGUCCGGAAGGUGUAACAGACGGCAGCGCAGUAUCAUUAUGGACUAUAAUGAAUAAAGUCAGACUUGAAGCUAUUAUGUGGGGUGCAGGGACUGCACUUGGAGAAUUACCGCCAUAUUUUAUGGCAAGGGCAGCCAGACUGUCAGGGGCAGAUCUUGAUGAUGAUGAGUUUGAAGAAAUAGAAGAACUAAUACAUGAGAAAAAAGAGCAUCCAGAAGAAUUAGGAUUUAUGGAAAAAUCGAAGUUAGCUGUACAUAACCUUGUACAGAAAGUGGGGUUCUUUGGUAUCUUAGCCUGUGCAUCGAUACCAAACCCUUUGUUUGAUUUGGCAGGAAUCACAUGUGGUCAUUUUCUCAUUCCAUUUUGGACAUUUUUUGGUGCAACAUUAAUAGGAAAAGCUGUAAUAAAAAUGCAUAUACAGAAAUUAUUUAUUAUAUUCAUGUUUAGUGCACAUCAUGUGGAAACUAUAGUCAAGUUAAUAGGAAAAGUUCCCUCCAUAGGUUUAUCUUUACAGACACCAUUUAAAGAAUAUUUAGAAGUUCAGAAGAAAAAGCUUCAUCACAAACCAGGAACUCAUGUCAAAUCUGAUUCCAACCUGUUGGGAUGGAUAUUUGAGAAACUUAUUAUUGUAAUGGUUGUAUAUUUUGUCCUGUCAAUCAUCAACUCCACAGCCCAGAGCUACCACAAAAGACUUUGUAAAGAAAAACACAAGAAAUCUCAAUCAUGAUUAGAGAUAUUAUGUGUAUAAAAAAACAGUGCAAAUAUUGUUUGUAAAACUGUACUACUGUUUGUGUGUGUGUAUUUGUGAGUUCAAACCAUAUUAGGUUAAUUCUUUUAUACAAUGUAGCACAUAUCAUUUCAGUUGUGUAGUUUUUUUAAUUGAACGUUUCAUUCACUAUAGUUAUGUAUUAAAAGAUGGAAAUUCUAUUUUCUUAUAAUUUUCAAUUAUUAUUUUUGUUAAUUUUAUUUGUUUUGAUUUUGAAAUAUUUUGAAUUUUCACUAUUUAAAAAUUGAUAAAAGAAUUAAUUUAUCAUGGCAUAUUUAUUGUAUUUGAAUGUUUGUAAUACGAAUUCUGAAUAACUUAUUUUAAAUGUAUAUAGUUGGCUAUAAUAAUGGAAUGCUUCAUACUGUGAAAAUGAUAUCAGACAAUCCCAUUGUUUUCAGCACAACAUACAUAGCAAAAAACUAUUCUUAAAGUUCAUUUUUCAAUGAAAAUAAGAUUAAAGAG